AGCAGAGAGAAGAGAAGAGACAGAAGAGAGGAGAGAGGUAGAGAGAGAGGAUGACAAUGAGUUCAGUGAUGUUCAUCAAAAAACUGCUGAGGAAAAGCAGUCCAGCAGCGUGUGUGGCCAGAGUGGGACAAGGACAUACAGCAAUGGUGACUCAGAUAAAACACACAACACACUACUCUGAAAGGCAAAAUGUGUCGAUAUCUAAGAAAGACAACGAAGCGUUUGGAUUUAAUAUAAGGACCUAUGAGGACAACACUACUGAUGCUGAGCUGUUAACGUGUGUGUGUUCAGUGAAGGAGAACAGUCCUGCACAGAGCGCUGGCUUAAGGACAGGUGAUGUCAUUAUUAGUGUCAACAGCGUUUGUGUAGAAGGUUUCCAACAUCAGCAAAUUGUUGACCUCGUUCAGAAGGGCUCCUGCUUACUAAAAAUGGAGAUUGUGAGGGGAACUUUAAUGAAACAGAAGGAACUACAACAGAAAUUGGAACAACUACAGUGGCAGCUAAGACAGAAGAGGGCAGAGCUACAGAUGCUUAUCAUGCAGGAAGAGCGUCUGAGAGGAGGUGAACUACGCCAUACACAGCCUCGGUCCUGCCUCGCCUCGGAGGGACCAACACUCUCUUCCUGUCUUCUUCUUCAAACCUAGAGCCCUAAGAGGACAAUAUCUCUCUGAACCAUGUGCCCCAGGGCUCUUAUUUGUGUUCUCUUACUUGAGUUGUGAUAGAGAACAGAGUACAGAGUACUAACCACCAUUCAGACUGGAGCUUUAAAAGCCAAGCGUGUGUGUGUGUGUGUGUGUACUGGGCUUUUAUAAGAUAGGUAAAGUCUAAAACUCUACAGCAUGUCUCGUUUUAGCGUGGUGCAAUGAAGCGGAGCUCUUUUUAACCAUUGCAAAGUUGAUUGUUUUCCUAUAACACCACAUCAUGACAUGAUUUAUUUGUCUUAUACCACAGCAAUUUGCCAAUCAUUACAUUUUUCUAUUUAUUAAGGAUUAUUAAUUUAUGAUACAUCAUAAAUUUUAUCUGUUUACAGCGAAAUAAGUUAGUUCCUAUUCUCAGUUAUGUUAUAGCACCUAUAAACGGUCCUUCCCCCACCAGCCGCUGUUUGUUUUAUCUCUCUUAAAGUUCUGCUUGUCAAACCACAAAGCAGAAACUCUUCUGAAGCCUUGUCAGAAAGUUAUAGCUUUACCUUAGACUGCUACAAAACCCUGACACUGGAGACUCCUUCCAUAAAAUGUUAAACAAGCACCUCCUUACAGAAAACAUCACCUUAUCAACGAUUACACACAAUUUUUAAUCUGUUUAUGUGGCGCGUCAGCAGCUGCACUCUUCUCACAGCUGCUGUUAGGGAAAACUAAUCAACACCUUCUGACCAAUCAGAUUUGAGUGUUCAGCAGUGCUGUGGUGUAAUACAUGACAUUAUAAAGCAGUAUUUUCGUAUCUUUUCACAGCUCAGAAAACCUGUAAAAGAAUGGCUUUAUAUUUUGAGGUAUUAUUUAACUUAUUUAACUAAUUUACGAGUUUAACUAUUUUAUUAUAAGUAAAUAAGAUGUGUUUUUGUUUUUAAUUGUAUAUGUCGUUUGUA